CGGCUCGCGAGUGGGGAGGCCGCGCAGGCCGCGCCGGUACGGUAUUGCUAACUCUUCGCUUGUUCUGUCUGGUGGUCUGUUCUGUAUGUCCAUACCAUCAGCCACGCCUCGCUCUGGAGAAUUGUGUUCAGUGCUGUAAUAAUUGAAAUUAUAACAAAUACCGGUGAGUGUAUUAGAAAAUGCUUAUGAUGCACUGAUCUCAGGAAUUGAUCUUUACUAUUAGUUAUUCUUAUUGGCCUUAAUUGGAUUAACCUGUGGCUGUGCCUUUGCUGGAGACAGAGUUGGACUGUGUCUGUGCCUGGCCAAGUUGAUCGAGGCUGAGCUAGCAAGCUACGCCAUACUUCUGUGCUGUGACUGUCGCUCGAUUGAUUGGACCAUGGCAUUGGCAUUGGCCGAAUCCGCAAGCAAGACUUCAUAAUUCAAUCACUUCAGUCUAGAGGAAGGAAGUUCAGAAUCAUUGCAAUACUGGAUCACAUGCAUGUCAGCCAAACUUAGUCAAUGUUAGGCAUCUGCUAUGUCUAACAAAAUUUAUUUACACUAUUGUCAGUAACGUACUUGCAUUGCAGGUUACAAGGACAGGUACCUGCCACUGAACUUGAAGUUGAAGUUGGAGCCAUUCAUUGGUUGUUUGAUUUUAGCCAGCAUUGCCAUUGAUAUUUUCCAAUGAAUGUCCUUGAUAAUUUUAGAAUGCUGUAAAAUUGUUAGUUAGGUCCAUUUCAUUCAUGUGACAUGAUUUGAUUUGGUCGCCCAAAGCCUAGAAGUAUAAUUUUAGGGAAGGAGAAUUCUUGAUCAAUCGUAGUUUCGUGCUGGACACAGGAAUCGGGGAAAUUAAAUUGGUUACAUUAAUGACCUCUGCACUUAGAGUCACACUAUUGCCAUGGUUGUAACAAGAUUUCCAGAACAAGAUUCCAAUCCAAAUUUCAACAACUUUUACUCGAGUAAGAGAGCAAAAUUGACAAGACGAGAAGCAGACUGGUAGAUCUACAUGUAGUUAGCUGUCUUCAGUAAUGGGAGGUUGUCAUGAUUUGAUUGAACUUUUAACAUGGGGUCAAAUUAGGGUUAGUUAACCCUUUUUGAGGCUAAUUGUGUAUCCAAGUCUAAUCAUUUCAAAAUUUUCAUUUAUCUUGUAAUAUAUUUUGUCACAGAUCAGCUGGUUUAACUUGGGCAAUUUUAUCUUAAACACAUAAUAUUUCUGAUGUUGAUCUUUUCUAUUCCCAUUCAUUUUAUUCUUAAAUUGACAUUCGUUGAUAUUUUAACAAUUUGGACUGCUUUCUCCAUUACUUGGACUACCUGCAGAUAUUUGAAUUAGCCAGAAGUGGCUACCGGCCAGCUUCCAGUAGUUGAUCUGAAAGACGAGCAGCACAGCAGAAAUAUCUGGAAUCCCAAAUUCGCAAACAUUUCACUUCAUGGAACUUGACAAAGUUACAUAGUGAAGGUACAAAUGUACAGUCUCGAACAGGGCAGUCACCCUUUAUUUCUAGACUGACCUUCCCUUUUCAGUCAAACUUCAGCUUUUUGAGCCACUGGCCAAAAACUUGCAUGUAAAAAGCAAACAGAACAAUGGAUGCUACAUACUAUGAUUUCAGCAGUAUGGAUCUGGAUGUGUUUUAUCAUGAAAAUAAUCCAGCAAUAUCGGGAUACCCGCCUUCUCCAGAAGACAGUCCCCUCUUCGAGUCUCCUGACACUCAUUUCUUUGAUGAAGAUGAAGCAGCAGUGAUGGGGCUGAAGUUAAGUUAUCACUCGUGCGGGAGCCCAGCAUCAGCUAACUCAUCCACAUCUGAUGAUCUGCCUGUGACCCCUCUCUCCUGUGGUGCAGAGGCAGAGUCUUAUUGCCAGAUGGAGAAAGAGCUGGAAACUGGGCAGACAGUAUUCAACACCAGCAACAUAUGUUUAGAGCUGCUUCAUCAACUUGAGCAGAGUGAAAGCAGAGGAAUGCUGGAAAGACAAACGUCCGUGCAGAGAAAGCAGACCAGCACUAGUGGUGCAGCAGUGAAUCCAGCAGAUGUUAUCCAAAACAGCAAGAAAGAUGAGUCAUCUCGAAGGCCAGCAGAUGAAGAGCAGAGUCCUACCUGCCAGAAAGGCGCUAUCAAUGCACCGUCACUCCCUGUGAAAUCCAUAUCACAACCAAGGGCUGCUGUUAUGGAAGCUGCUGCAAGUACUUCAUCGACAGUCAGGCAGGAUACAAACAAUUUCUCAGUAGCUAAAAUUAAUGUUACUAAAGUUGGUGUCAAAAGAAAAGCUGCCCAGGGCAAGGUGGAAGCAAAAAGGGCCAAGAAAGGUUGUGAGGAUUCCAUUCCUAUUAGUCGAAAUGAGAAAAAUGCAAUUGCUGCAAGAGAAAAUAGACUAAAAAAGAAAGUGGAGUUUGAGGAACUAAAGAGGAACGGAACUUUAUUGCAGGAGGAAAAUGAAUCUCUCCGUAAGGAAAAUUCAGAUUAUGUAAAGAAAAUCAAAGUGUUAGAACAAGAAGUGGAGUACUAUAAGAGUGUGCUUUUUAAUGAAAGUGCUCUAGCUACAAUCCUCCACAAAAUAAAUCCCCAGUCAAAGUUGAAGCUGAGCUCAUCAGUUGGUGUGUCUGAUCAAGAAGAAAUGGACGAGGUUAAGAAGAUCAUGAGUGGUGGUGUAUGUUUACAUGUUAAUGGUACUGAUACAUCCCUCGAAUGGUGUUCAAAAUGUUCCAUGAAUGCCCAAAAAUCUUUUCAGUCUUAAAAUUAAGAUGUGAUAAUGAACCAGGGUGAUGGUGUACAUUUGUAAUAUCUGAAAAGAAGGUUACAGACAGUUAACAUCAAUUGUUUUGUGAACUUGUACAUAUGGUGAAAAUCGUGCAUUAAAAGUUGUAAAAAGAACAAGUACAAGAUUGAUGAAGUCAUGAGUGUAUGAUGAAGUUUAAAGCUCAUCAAAAUGGAAAUGAAUUGAUGAUGUAUGCUCUCAAGGAAUGCCUUGCCCCACAUACAACAUUCUAUUGUACAGUGUAAAUCAGAUAUUACUUCAUGUACUACUGAAGAUGACUCAAAUGAGUAAACGGUGAACUGACAACUCUACAUGUCUGCCUUGUCAUGUGCUAAACACGUUUCAAUUUUCUGAGAAUGAAUCAUUUGGCAUACAGUGUUAAGUGGAGCAGAAGGUCUACCUGCCUACAUCAUCAUUCAUAAUGCAUGCACUCAAGAUUGUUUUAGAAAAGCUGAUUGAGAGCAGCAGUAUGGUGCGGACAAGUUUCAUUUAAUUGCUAGGAAAAAGCUCAUGCUGUGUAUUCAAACUGCAUCCAAGAUUUCACCCAAGAUUUGUCUGUUUCAUCAUGUUUAAAUCUACUUUUGACAAAGAAAUUUGCUUCUAAAAAUCAUGAUUCCAAAAGUUUACAUUUAUCAAGCAUAAAUUUAUCAAAUAUUACUUUUACUCAUUUAUUUCUGGUUGAGUAAGUAAAUUUUGGAGGAUUAUGACUGUGUUGCUAAGAUAAAUUUUAGCAAAAUAUUUUGGACUUUUUUUUUUCAAGAAUGACUUAAUUGUAAAUUUUCCUUGAUUUUAGGAGCAGGUUUCUCUUUCAAACUGUAUGCACAAAAUGCAUGGCAUAAAAUAGAUCACAAACUCCAUCAUGAUACAUGUGGGUCAUGGUGAUGCACUACAUUUAAAAUGUCUCCCAGUUCACAUUUGAGGAAAAUAACACAUUGAAUGGGGAUGGGUAAUGAUUUUCUACCAAAGUGCAUGAACAUUCAAAAUAUUUUCUGCCAUGCAUUCAAUAUCAUUAAACUAAUGACAUGACAAUCUGGAAAGUUUGUUUCAUUUUUAUAGUCCAAUUAUUGACAUUUACAAAUCAAACUUCUUACAUCUACCUCCACCCAAAACCAAGAAGUACAUGUUGUCAUUUUGACAUUGUCAAUUUUACCAUAAACCUUGAAUACAUGAUUAGAAAAAGGGAAUAUUAUAAAUUGAUGAUUGUCAUGUCAUUACAAAACUCUUGUAACACAAUGGUUCAGAGCUGUUCUAAAAGAAAAAAAUAUGAAUGUAUUCGUAUGAUACUGAAUCGCCAGUACUAAAAUUAGAUUUAACCCACAGUAUACGCAAUUUGAUUGAUGGGAUUAUUUUUGUUAAAGAGCAGCUGUGAAGUUUUGUGAAUGAUUAAUAAUAUGUAAACUUUCCUUUCCAGUGUUCAGAAAAUUUCUGACGUGAAGAGAAAUGUACAAGAAGAAAAAGCACAAAAUAUGUGUUAAAAAAAGAGAAAAUUGUAAAAAAAAAAAAAACACAAAGAAAAUGUAAAGAUGAAAAAAUUAGUAUAUUUCAGAUCAAAUCUGUAUAUGAAAGACAAACUUAUUUUUAAUCUAAUAAACCCAAAAAGUU